AUGGAGACUAAUACAAAUCAAAAAGUUUCAUGUAUAGUGAACUACUCCUAUGAUGCUUCCGAGCCCGAUGAGUUGACAAUACGUCCUGGUGAUGUAUUGAGAGAUGUGGAACGUCUGCCCGGUGGUUGGUGGAGAGGUGAACUUCGUGGUCGGAAAGGAAUGUUUCCUGAUAAUUUUGUCUCUGUAAUCACUGAUCAGAAUAAUGCAAGUUUAAAUAGGCCGAGUAACGUGCAAGGUCGCUGUCGAGCGGUGUACAGCUAUCAACCGGCGAACCCUGAUGAGCUGCCGCUAUGUGUUGGUGACGUUUUGGAGGUCUUGAACGAGGUCGAGGAAGGUUGGUGGAAGGGUCGAAGGUCAGGUCGUGUGGGCGUAUUCCCUUCCAACUUCGUCGUUAUGUUGGAGACGAGCCCCACUCCCGCGCCUCCCUUACAUCCGGCACCGCCAGUGGAACCAGCGCCCGCACUGCCGCCAAAACCCGUCAAAGAGUUAUGCCGCGUUCUGUUCCCAUAUACGGCGGUGAACGAAGAUGAAUUAACUCUAUCUGAAGGUGACAUAGUUAGUAUCGUGUCUAAAGAAGCGCCGGAUAGAGGCUGGUGGAAAGGGGAACUUCACGGACGAGUGGGAUUUUUCCCGGAUAAUUUCGUGCAGUUGUUACCGGCCGUGACCCAGGAGGUUGAGGAGAAAAAGCCAGAUAGACCAUCGUCGAAAACAAACUCACUGUAUCCAGUACUGAACAAGUACUCAGAGAAAACAGCCUCUGUUAAGGAGCUCACUACAUCUAAAAUAAGUAUGCACAAAGAGAAUACAGUUAGCAAAGAAAGCAGCACUCAGAGUAACAUCACACACACAACUAAGAAUGAAACGGAGAAGAUUAUACACAAUGAGACUAUUAUAGAUGGACCUACAGACACCCAGGUUAAGAAACCUCCUGUGCCUUUAAAGAAGAGUCCAACGCCUAGUACUGUAGGGGGUUUGUUCAGUGGACUUAAGAAUAAGAUGCUCUCAUCCUCUGAUAAAACAGAAAAAACAGUAACAGUAUCGAGUAGUAUAACGGCGUUUGAUCGCACCGAUGGUAUAACAUCAAGCAAGAUGGUUGUCAAUGACACAAAUAGUUUUGAUCAUGUGGAGAGGAAUUCUAUAUUGAAUGAUCCUAGAGCUGGCAGGGUAAAAGCUCCACGUCGACGUCCUCCUAGUCAGGCGUUAAGAGACGACACUCUUCAACAGAUCGGGCUCAGUAAUGGCCAUGAAGCACCAGUCGAGAAAUCUCCAGAGAAGGAAGAGAUCCGACCAAAAGCACGUGACUGGGAGAAACAUCGAGCGCCGUGGAUGGAGGAGCUCAAGUUAAACCAGGCGAGGAAGACCAGCGGGGACGGGAAGAGGCCGACAGAGGCUGGGCUUAAAUCUGGUGGCAGUACUGACAGAAUUUUGGAAUGUGGCUUGGAAGACAAGAGAUCUUCACAUUCAAUGGAAAUGUCUAAGAGCACGUCGUCUAUAAGCAACAGAAUAUCAGUUUUAGAAAAUAUUAAAUCUAGUAUUGAGGCAAAGACACAAGUGAGUGAAUCAAAGAAGGAAUCCUUACCACCAGAACUACCAACAACGAGUCCACCUUCAUUGCAAUCUCCAACAGCCGCUGGCCGAACUAUAUCUGCAAUGUUCGAAGAAGUCCGCAAGCCGCCAGCCCCCGCACCACCUAUAGCCGCCCGACUGUCCGAUCACGAAAAAUCCAAACCGGAAAAGACAGACAGACACUCUGACAGGUUCUCAAGCCUAGAUGGUUCGGACAAGAGUGACGUCACAGAGGUCAAUGACCCCACCAAGUUCCCCAGCUUGGAAAAGUCGACUGAUAAAAAUAAUGAGAUCAACAAACUGUCAGCUACUGUGGAUAAAUUCAGUGACAUUCAGACGUUUUCGACUGAAAAGACUAGUGUUAAGAAUGAAGCUAGUAAAUUUAGUAUCAUUGAAAAAUCUACGGCGGCCAUAGAGAAAAAUGAAAAGACGGAGAUUCUACGCUCAAGUACAUUAGAAAGGCGGCCUAAGAAUGAUAAGGAGUGCUCCGAGGCUUUGAUUGCUCAAUUAAAUAAUAGGAUACUUAACCUAGAAAAGUUAAUAGAAGUACAAAACGCUAAAUUCAACACUGCCAUCGAGGAUCUGUCGAAUAAGUUGAAACAGGAGACGGAAAAAAGACAGGCGUUACAAAUGGAAAUAGAGAAGCUAGCUCAUUGUGUUACACAAGUCUAA